AUGGCAGUGUCAGUAGCGUCGCCGACCAUGGAGAUCGAGCAGGACCUCCCCGGCUUCCGGUUCCACCCCACGGAGGAGGAGCUCCUCGGCUUUUACCUCUCCCGCGUCGCCCUCGGACAGAAGCUCCACAUCGACAUCAUCGGCACCCUCAACAUCUACCGCCACGACCCCUGGGACCUCCCCGGGAUGGCCAAGAUCGGCGAGAGGGAGUGGUACUUCUUCGUGCCUCGUGAUCGGAAGGCGGGGAGCGGCGGCCGGCCGAACCGGACGACCGAGAAGGGGUUCUGGAAGGCGACGGGGUCGGACAGGGCUAUCCGGAGCACCGGCGACCCCAAGCGGAUCAUCGGGCUCAAGAAGACGCUCGUCUUCUACCACGGCCGCGCGCCAAGGGGCACCAAGACGGACUGGGUCAUGAACGAGUACCGCCUCCCUGACCACGCCGCCGGCGCCGCGCCGCCCAGGGAGGACACGGUAUUGUGCAAGGUAUAUCGGAAGGCCACGCCGCUCAGGGAGCUCGAGCAGAGAGCUUCCGCGAUGGAGGAGAUGAUGCUGCAGAGGCCCGGCGGCUGCGACGGAGGGUACGGCGGCGCGGCCAGAGCGUGCCCGGUCCAGGCCGCCACCUCCGCUGCCGACAACUACCUGUCGUUCUCUGACGACGUCCAGGACAAUUUCCUGUUCCACUCCUCUUCGUCAUCGUCGGCGGCGCCGUCGGGCAUUAGCAAGAACGACGGCGCGCCCAGAGAAGCCAAGAAGGAGGUGGCUAAUGUCGCCACGGUCAUCGUGGCUUCGGCGUCGUCUCUGCAGCAAGCGGCGAACCCGCCCUGCAACUUCCAGCUCCCGGCGGCGAACCCACCCUGCAGCCUCGAGCUCCCGGCGGCGAACCCACCCAGUAGUUUCCAGCUCCCGGUGGCGAACCCCCCACGCUGCAGUCUCCAGCUCCCGGCGGCGAGCCGGGGAGUGUUCGACCUGCCCAGCCUGCAGCUUCCGGCGGCGGGGCACGGAGUCUUGGAGUGGCUGCAAGACCCGUUCCUGACGCAGCUGCGAAGCCCGUGGCAAGACCAGCAUUGCAUGUCCCCAUACGCGCAUCUGCUCUACUACUGA